AUGGGAGGCAAUGCAGAGAAAGGCCAACGCUACAUCGCGGCCUUGGACCAGGCGCGAAGCCAGGGCAGAUGGGACGAGGUCCCAGAAUUGAUUCGCAAGGUGACAAAACACGCACCGCAACGGACAUGUGUGAUACAAACCGCAACCGCCGAGUCUCAAGUCGUUGCGCACCUUCAAAAGCCCUCCGAUGAAGCACCUGCAUCGCCCAAUCUCCCCGAACUUAUUCCUGCGCUACUCACAACUAUUGAGAACACGGAUGGAACACCGCAAGAAAUCUUGCAAGCGCAAGUUUGUCUGGGAUGGAUCCAUUCAACACUAAACGAACGCGGGCUGGCAGCCGGACGCCUCCCCAAAGAUUUCGCGGUGACGGUGGAGCGCCUGAGUAACGAUGACCAGGAGCUUUCUCCUUGGACCGAGGCGUGUUUGGUGAAGGGAUGCUAUUUAAAGGGUACUGCGCAGUCAAGCGUUGCGGGGAUCAGCGAGACCCUGGAGACCUUUGGAUCUUUGAUACCAUGGCUGAGUGGUGGGAAGCUAGCGUCUGUCGGCACGCCUCAGUUCUUGACUUGGUCCGAGACCCUUCUCGGGAAUGGCGCUCUUCUAGCCAGUGAAGAGGCGAGUCGAAACACCCCAUACUCGAAUCGCAGACACGUGGAAAUUGCUUUGCGAUUGUUUCGGCUGUGGGCCUCUCAUCCUUCGGUGAAGCAAGGACUAUCCUCCUACAAGGCAUCAGGCGCGGAUACUUCUGGUCCUUCCCGAACGUCAAUAUGGAAGGCUUACUAUGGUUUCCUCACUAUCGUCUUGCAGGAUGGACUGCCGUACAACCCUCCGACCUACGAAGGCGCAGAGCGACCCCAACUUGCCAGUGAAUUGCGUCGCAUUGAAAGUAUUUGUGAGGGAAAUCUGCUCCGUGAGGUCAAGUUUCCGACAGCCAACUCCCAGAAUUCGCAAGUUGAGGUGUGGGUGGAACAAGUCAUCCGCAACUGGGAGGUUCUGUGUGGACCCCAAUGGCAAGACCAGGAUCUCGGCCAAGGAGGCCAAAAUGCCGUUGGUCGCAAUGUUCUUGACAUUCUAUAUCGUGCAGCGACCAAGACCUAUCAUUCCCACUUAAUACUCCGACGUCUAUUCCAUGUCCAUUCUUCCUUGGCCGAUUUCGAUCUUGCCAUCCAGGCUCUCGAUUCGUAUAUUGAAAUCGUUACUGCGGCCAAGGACAGAGCUGAAAAGUCGGCUGAGUAUGGCGAGCUGGAGAGUGAUGAGACUUUACUGCAAACACUCUCCGAAGGCGUUACUUUGUUGAGCUGUCUCGGUGCUUUUGAAGAGGCAGAGAAGGCCAAAGACUUGACUGAACUCAUCCGGGAAUAUAUCAACAAGCAAGUGACCGACCAUGCAGAUGGUGAGGUCAAUGGCAAGUUGUUGCUGUCCCAAGGCCCCAACUCUUCUAAUUCGCCCGAGAUCUCCCUUAGUGUGCUUGCCACGGCCUAUAGGGCUGUUGGUGUCGGUCUCGCCAAUUGGGCCAGCUGGACUCCUCUGAAUGAGGCUAGGGGUGAGAUUCGAGCAGAGGCAAUUGAAUAUCUGGAGAAGAGCAUAGCCCCCGAGCUGGGCGGCGAGUUGAGCUACUCCUCUCUCUAUACGCUUUCCCUCGUUCUGGCUGAAAACAGAGACCUGGAUACGGCUAUUCAAUAUGUCAAGUCUGCCUUGACUUCAGACGGUUCAUCCACCGCAGUAUUCGACGACCUGUCCAAGGAACGGGAUCUUGUUCCCCUGUGGCAUUUGCUCGCGCUGCUGCUCAGUGCACAGCAAGAAUUUGAAAUUGCGGAGCGUUCGUGUGAAGCCGCGUUUGAACGGUUUCCCCGAGAAGUUUUCUCCAAGGGUCAUCGCGACAAGGGUCAUCGCGACAAGGGCCAUCGCGAAAGACGGUCAUCAUCCAGGCAUUCACAGAAUUCCAAAGAUGGAUCAGGCAGUUCUGAGCGUUCGUUGAUCAGCCGCUUGCAAGGCAGAGAGAAGGAGCGCAUCAUUCAAAUUCGCGUCACGCAACUGGCCUUCAUUGAGACUCUCGAAGGCCCCGAGGCCGCUGUUAAUCACAGCGACCAACUCCUAAUUCUCAUCGGGACUCUAUUUCGCGAAUUGGACCUUGGACCCGAGGAGACGAAGACCAAGAAGACAGAACAUUUGGUUCCACCCAAGAGCUCCGCAGGCACCACGAAAAGCUUCCGCGGUAGUAUAUUCAGCCGCAACCGCUCGUCCCAGUUACCUGAGCGCCGAGUCAACUCGAGUCAUAGUACCGCAAGCCCACCAGUUCCCCCAAUUCCAAACGGCCAUACAGAUGCACCCGCCAUCCAGGUUACGGACGAGGACCAACGCAGUCAUAAUGAACGCUCGUCUACACUUGGAAGAUCGGAUUCAAAGAAACUACGGAAACGCAGCAGUAGCUUCCAUCGACAUGAGAAACCUCGAAUCCAAGAGCCUCCACUUCCCAAUGGCAGGGAGGAGUCUCCGGAUAUGGUUGGCAUUGCAGUGUCUGGAAACUCAUCACCAGUCUCGGGGAUUCAACAAGCAAGUGGUAAGCAGCCCUUGCGGCCGAUCCCGCAUAAUAUGAACCACACGCAACAACCGCCUCCUACCGGUCACGAGAAGCAACCCCCAGAGCAAGACGUCCGACUUCCGACCUGUCAUCGUUUCGAUUCUCCCACAAAUGCUGUCACCAAGUUCUCCAGCAUUCAGUCCCAGAAACAUGCACUUGGCCUUCUCGUCAAGACCUGGCUAAUCAUCGCUGGCCUCUACCGCCGGGCAUCAUUAUUUGACGAUGCGCAGGAAGCUUGCGAGGAAGCCUCCAAACAAGCUGCACGAGUUGAGACGCUUGUUGCAUCCCAGGAUUCUUCAGCACGGUCCUUCAGCAACCGCGGCUGGAGCGCUGCCAAGAGCUCGGAGGAGCUCUGGGCUGAUGUUUAUGCGGAACAAGGGCUUUUAUCCCAGGCGCGCUCGCAGCCCCAUCAAGCCAUUAGACAUUUCGAGGAUGCACUCCUUCGCUUCCACGACCACCCAACAGCAACAAUUGGUCUCGCCAAUCUGCUCCUGGACAUCUGGGACCGGACGCUGCCUCCGGAACCGCCCAAUGCCGAUGUGGAUCUUAACGUCUCACGUCUGGCAUUACUGUCGGAGACUCCAAGACCUAAGUCGGCCAAGGCCAUCUCAACCGACGAGCUGAAAGGACCCGAUGCAGCGCCAAUCCCGCAACCGACUGAGGCCUUCACCUCCCCACACGAUGUGGACCCCAAGCACCUUCACCGUCUCGCGGCCCGGGAUCGUGCCUAUGGGCUGCUUUCAGCGUUGACCAAGCUUGGCAGCUCCUGGGAUAAUUCUGAAGCAUGGUACGCGCUGUCACGGGCGUAUGAGGCGGGUGAGCAGAUUGAGAAACUGAAAGAGGUUCUGUGGUGGUGCAUUGAGCUCGAGGAUCGACGACCUAUCCGCCACUGGUCUAAUAUCGGCUCCGGCCUCUAUGUUCUCUAG